GGGUAAUGCCCUGCGUUCUACGGAGUACUAGUAGUAAUCUUGGAGAUUGUGAAGGUGCCCACAGUUAAGCGCCCCUCCCUCCUUACAACCAAUGCCGAUGUCGGUUGCCAGUAUGAGAUUCCUUGGGAGAAGCCACCCUCCUAUGAACAGGGAGCAUAACUACCUUGUAAAACCCAACGCACAGGUAUUGAUGGUAAUAUUACACGCGUACUUGUACAUACUACUAAAUUUUAGGAGAGGCAAAAAUCUCUAAUAUUCUAAGAGAGUCAAUUGGUGACAAUUGGUGCAAAUUGGUGCAAAUUCGAACAGUGUCUUUGGUGGCAAAACUCUCUUCCUCGAUGAUCCUAACAAACGAUAUCAACGCUGAAUAGUAAUGCGUAUUACUACUGCACUACGCUAAGCCACUUAGAGGUUGGGGAAGAUCCUCAAAGAUGAGCAAUUGGGGCUUCCGCAAGCGCUCUGGACAAG